ACCCCAGAAAGAGGAGCGGAUGGACUGAGCCCCUGAAGUAUUUUUGGAUGUGAAGGACUGAAAACACAACUCAUCGCCGCAUCGGAGGGAAACAUUUUGCUGUACUCGUUUCUUCCCGUCACCUUUUUUUGAGAAGUUCCAGUAGUUUCACCGGACUCAUGGAUCACAGAAGGCAUCGCGCGUCGGGACAUUUCUUCUAGCCAUUUCCACAGAACCUAAUCCACCGCUCAGGGGGUCCGGGGGUCCUGGAUUGACGUGAACCGGUGAUUUAGUCUCGAGAUGAACGUGCAGCCGAGGAGCCCCUUGCGCGUCCCCGGUCCUCGGGUCGGACUCAAGAGGCUCGACCCCGCGGACGACCAGCCUGUGGUCAAAUGCGCAAGGCUGAGCCCCCCUGAGCUGCGGGACGCCCCGCAGCGGGUCGCGGUGCUGGGGACCCCUCCAGGGCCCCCCGCCGGGAUCCCCAGAUCCCCCGCUGUCCCCCCUGUUCCCCACCAGGGACCCUCCAGGAUAGGGCCGUUCCUGCUGCUACCUCUGGCCGAGCGGGAUGGCGUACACAGCGCGCUGAACACCGACACGGGGGACGAGCUGGUGUGCAAGGUGUUUGACAUGGGGGUGUACCAGGAGAAGGUCCGGGCCUACAGCGCUCUGCCGCCCCACCACAACGUUGCGGCGGUGCGGGACAUCGUGCUGGGCGAGCGCCGGGCCUACGUCUUCCGGGACAAGGAGCACGGUGACCUCCACGGUCUGGUGAAGGGCUGCCGGCGCCUUGACGAGGAACACGCCCGCAGGCUCUUCAGGCAGGUGGCGCGCGCCGUGGCGCACUGCCACCGCCACGGCGUCGUGCUCGGAGACCUCAAGCUGCGCAAGUUCGUCUUCGCCGACGAGAAGAGGAGCAAGGUGAAACUGGAGAGUCUGGAGGACUGCCACGUGCUGGAGGACCCGCAGCGCGACGCCAUGUCCGACACCCACGGGUGCCCCGCCUACGUCAGCCCCGAGAUCCUCAGCGGCUCCGCGCCUUACUCCGGCAAGAUGGCAGACAUGUGGAGCCUGGGGGUGAUGCUGUACACCAUGCUGGUGGGCCGCUACCCCUUCCACGACCCGGACCCCGCCACCCUCUUCUCUAAGAUCCGCCGAGGCCAGUGCUGCCUGCCAGAGGGCCUCUCGCCGGGGGCCAAGUGUCUCCUGCAGAGCCUGCUGAGGAAGGAGCCUGCAGAGAGACUGACCGCCUCCGAGCUGCUCGCUCACCCCUGGUUCCGCCAUCCACCGGCAUCGCAGGAAGCGGCGUCUGGCGAACAGGAAGUGAGCUCGGCCGAUCAGGCAGUUCCGUCGUUUGACGUCAAAGACGACGACGAUUUGUUUUGCUGACUGCAGACUGCUGACUGCUCGCAGAACCCUGGUCUCCUGCCCGGGCAGACUGCUUCCUUUUGGCCCCAAAGGACCAAACUAAAACAAUGUUAUGACAAGGGAUUCAUUAUUUAACAUCGGCACUUUUACAAAACGAACAAUCCCUGUUUUGGUACUGUACUAUCUUUACACCUUCAAGCUUUCUACUUCAGCGUACUGUAGUUUAUGUUCCUUGUUUGAACUCCUUGUUUUGUCAUGUUUGAACUUGCGACGGGCAUUGUUUUCGCACAUAUGGAUGUACGGUGCGUUUCUAUACGUGUUUGUAUGUUUUUUAGUUUUUUUCAACCAUUUGGUGCUCAUAAGGAGAAGAAAAAAAUUGACAUUGACAACGUCUAUGUAUCCAUGUCAAACAGCAGUUACUAAGGAUUACCCUCAACCUGAACUCCGCACCAAUCUGCAAGCAUGAGAGCAUAGAAAGACACACCAAGAGAGACACACUGAGUGAGAAACAACGAGAGAGGCAUGGUGAUCCUCGCAUCACGAUUCUGGCCAACGUCAGCUGACUCACCGGCUGCAGGCACAACCAAACGCACGCUUUGUUCUGAUAACAUCGCCGUGACGGAGACGCGGGGUGAAGGUACAGGGCCGAGAGUAGAAAGGAUGUGUCAUGCUCGGAUAGGGGAGGGGA